CUUGUUUUCUCGUUAUUUCCCUGGGAAGUAAUAACGGUACUACUCUUCGCCUGGGAUGUGCGCAAAUCAUUUAAAUGAAAAAGGAAGUCUGAUUCCUGGGCCAUCUAUUUGUUUCGAAGCGACCAAAGUCCUAGUAAUUGAUUAAUUAAAGUCUCCUCUUAAUUUAAACGCAGUUGGGUGGCCAGCGGUUAAGCCAGAAUGAUGUUUUCCCGCAAACACGGCGCCGCCUGGGUCUUUAUUCCGCUCCUGCUGCUUGCUUGUCCAGCGAAGGCUAUGCCACAGCUGGGAGAUCCGAUUUUGGGAGCUCCGGAGGACAGCAGCUACUCCACAUCGGCAGCUCCAGAGCCGGCUGCGGAGAUUCCCGCCAGCAGCUCCGAGAACACGCGACUCCCCACCACCGAGAGCAGUGUGAUGACCCCAACGGCGGCGGUUACCAGCUAUCCGAGCAGCACCACCACUAGCACCUCUACGAGUAGCAGCACCACCUCCACCACUACGACUAGCACGACCAGCUCCACCUCCACCACCCCGGCAGUGCCAGAACCACCCGCUGCCCCCGAACAGCCCGAGUAUCUGAAGCACUGUUUCUACGCGGAGGAGUCCCUGUGCCAGGAGAGCCACAACCAGGAGGAUGAGGCCCGGCCAGACGACGAGCAGGCGGCGGAGCAGGCACAGAACUCCCUCAACACCUGCCACUGCAAGGAGCAUCCGUUUAAGCCCAACUCCUGGUACUGCUGCAACAUCACCCAGAUGACGAUGAUCUCCAGCUGCUCCAGCAAGUCCAAGUGGAUCAACUUGCACGUCCGCAACAUGACCCUGGAGAGCGUGGACUUUUCCAAUCCCAUCUUCCGCUCCCUCCAAUCGCUGGCCAUAACGGACGGCAAUAUAACGCGACUGCUGGGCGCCUUUCCCCGGAUGUCGGCCCUCAAGUGCCUCAACAUCUCGAACAACAACAUCACCGACAUCCCAGCGCGGGCGGUGAAGGAUGUGCCCCACCUGGAGUUCUUUGGGAUGUCGCACAACAAUCUCUCGGUGGUGCCGCAUCGGAAUCAGAACAAGAACAUCACCCUGGACAUCAGCGGCAAUAUGCGGAUGCUCUGCAAUCCGUUGAACGAACUGAUCUACAACGAGUCCAUCAACUUUGUGAAUCCCGAGCAUUCCUACUGCCAGUACAACGCCACCCGCCAGUGGUUCCAGUCCACGGAUAAGGUGUCCGUGGAGCAGCUAGAGAACCGGAAACGUUGCCUGACCAACUGCCCCAGUAUACCGAAUCAUGGGAACUGCCGGUGCAAGCUGGAGAACAUCAUGAUAAUCCAGGACAAUCAGUCGAAGCCGCAGUGCCAUGUCGACUGCUCGAAUCUGAAUCUGGUGGAGCUGCCGCAGCGCCUGCCGGACAACACCUUCGUCCUGAAUAUCACCAACAACCGGAUCACCAGCCUGGGCGAUCACUUCCAGACCAAUCCAACCUACCACAACAUCAACCGACUGGUGGCCGACAACAAUCAGAUCUCGUCCAUGUACGAGUUCGAGGGCACCAAGUUCAUCGAGACCUUCCAGCGCAUCUACAUGCGGAACAACUCGCUGAGCAAGAUACCGGAAUACUUCCUCAACAACGCCCUGAUGGACUCGGGAUUGGGACGACGCAUCUACUUGGCGGGCAAUCGCCUCCAGUGCGACUGCAACUCGGCCAAGACGCUCCAGAACUGGCUGAAGGAGCGCAGCUCGGACAUACCCGACUACAUGGAGAUCCGGUGCCGGAAUACGGCCCAGAGUGUCAUCGAACUGCAGGAGGCGAAGCUCUGCCAAUCCCCUCCAGACUGGACGGACUACAUCUACUAUCUGAUAGCGGCUGAGGUGAUCCUUCUGCUGGCCCUGAUCGCCAAGGUGUCUUACGACUAUUGGGUAUUCAAGACGGCCGGAUAUCUGCCGUGGCCGGCCAGCAAGAUGCCCAAGUUGCCCUGCGACUGGCUCUGCGAGUCUUGAAACUGAGCGAGAUGGUUAGAGUUUAGAGUGGGAUGGAGGGAUGGAGGAGCCAGAGAUAGUUGAGACAUGACAGAAGGCAUUAUCCUUCAAAUAUCCUCCGUUCAGCGGAUCAAUGUGCCUUUUCAACACGAUUUUUGUUGUUUUUAGUCGUUUAGAGUUAAGAACCAAAUGCCUAUAUAUGUUGUUCGAUGUUGUGGGUGCAUCUGGGAAUAUACAGACUUGAUUUUAUUUUAUUUAGGUAGACAAUGUACGAUUCUAAUUAAAUAGAUCUAUAAUAUUAUGAAUGUUUAUGAUGACAAUUUUUUUUUUUAAAGAAAAGCUAUUAAAAGAAACUCGAAAGUAA